UGGGAGAAUGGCCGCUCUGAACAUGCUGUGGACAGGGCUGGCCCUGCUGGGGAUCCUGGGGGUCCUGCAGAUUCCAACCCAGGCCCAGGCCGCCCUGCAGCCCAACUUCCAAGAGGACAAGUUCCUGGGGCUCUGGUUCACCUCGGGCCUCGCCUCCAACUCGAGCUGGUUUCUGGAGAAGAAGACAGCGCUGUCCAUGUGCAAGUCGGUGGUGACCCCCGCGGCGGACGGUGGCCUCAGCCUCACGUCUACCUUCCUCAGGAAAGACCAGUGUGAGACCCGGACUCUGCUGCUGCGUCCUGCAGGCCCCCCAGGCUGCUACAGCUAUACCAGUCCCCACUGGAGCAGCAACCACGAGGUGUCGGUGGUGGAGACGGACUACAAGGCCUACGCCCUGCUCUACACCGAGAGCUUCCGAGGCCCCGGCCAGGACUUUAGCAUGGCCACGCUUUACAGCCGCACCCAGGUCCCCAAAGCUGAGAUCAAGGAGAAAUUCACCACUUUCGCCAAGGCCCAGGGCUUCACAGAGGAUGGCAUUGUCUUCCUGCCACAGACUGACAAGUGCAUGGAGGAGGACCCCUAGGUGACCCCAGCCCUCAGGACCUGGCCAUGCUGCCCUGCUCGGCCUUUUCCUUCAACACCCC